AUGCGGCAGGACAAGCCGACGGGCUCGCUGAGGCGCGGGGGGCGAUGCCCGAAGCGACAGGGCGGCGGCGUUGGCACCAUCCUGAGCAAUGUGCUCAAGAAGCGCAGCUGCAUUUCCCGGACCGCGCCCCGGCUGCUCUGCACCCUGGAGCCGGGAGUUGAUACAAAAUUGAAGUUCACUCUUGAGCCAUCUUUAGGUCAAAAUGGUUUUCAGCAGUGGUAUGAUGCUCUCAAGGCAGUUGCCAGACUAUCAACAGGGAUACCAAAGGAAUGGAGGAGAAAGGUUUGGUUAACCUUGGCGGAUCAUUAUUUGCACAGCAUAGCCAUUGACUGGGACAAAACCAUGCGUUUCACUUUCAAUGAAAGGAGCAACCCUGAUGAUGAUUCAAUGGGGAUUCAGAUAGUCAAGGACCUUCACCGUACAGGAUGUAGUUCGUACUGUGGCCAGGAGGCUGAGCAGGACAGGGUUGUACUGAAGCGGGUGCUGCUGGCCUAUGCCCGGUGGAACAAGAAUGUUGGGUACUGUCAAGGCUUCAACAUCCUGGCUGCACUGAUUCUGGAAGUAAUGGAAGGCAAUGAAGGGGAUGCAUUGAAAAUUAUGAUUUACCUGAUUGAUAAGGUACUUCCCGAAAGCUAUUUUGUCAACAAUCUCCGGGCAUUGUCUGUGGAUAUGGCUGUCUUCAGAGACCUCCUGAGACUGAAGCUCCCUGAAUUAUCUCAGCACCUGGAUAGUCUUCAGAGAACUGCAAACAAAGAAAGUGGAGGUGGAUAUGAGCCCCCACUGACCAAUGUCUUCACCAUGCAGUGGUUUCUGACUCUCUUUGCCACAUGCCUCCCUAAUCACACGGUUUUAAAGAUCUGGGAUUCAGUCUUCUUUGAAGGUUCAGAAAUCAUCCUCAGGGUGUCUCUGGCUAUCUGGGCAAAAUUGGCAGAGCAGAUAGAAUAUUGUGAAACAGCAGAUGAAUUUUAUAGCACCAUGGGGCGUCUCACCCAGGAGAUGCUGGAGAACGAUCUUCUGCAAAGCCAUGAACUCAUGCAGACUGUUUAUUCUAUGGCCCCAUUUCCUUUCCCACAAUUGGCAGAGUUGAGGGAGAAGUACACCUACAAUAUUACACCAUUCCCAGCCACGGUUAAACCCACCACAAUUUCCGGACGACAUAGUAAGGUCAGAGACAGUGAUGAAGAGAAUGACGCAGACGAUGAAGAUGCUAUUGCCAGUGCAGUGGGGUGUCUUGGACCUUUCAGUGGGCUCCUGGCACCUGAACUGCAGAAGUAUCAAAAGCAGAUUAAAGAGCCGAACGAGGAGCAGAGUCUGAGAUCAAACAACAUUGCAGAACUGAGUCCGGGAGCGAUCACUUCCUGUCGCAGUGAAUAUCAUGCUGCAUUCAACAGCAUGAUGAUGGAACGAAUGACCACAGAUAUCAACGCCCUGAAGCGGCAGUACUCUCGAAUCAAAAAGAAGCAGCAGCAGCAGGUCCACCAGGUGUACAUCAGGGCAGACAAAGGGCCAGUGACCAGCAUUCUCCCAUCUCAGGUAAACAAUUCUCCAGUUAUAAACCACCUUCUUUUAGGGAAGAAGAUGAAAAUGACAAACAGAGCAGCCAAGAAUGCAAUCAUUCAUAUCCCUGGCCAUACAGGAGGCAAAAUAUCUCCUGUCCCCUACGAAGACCUUAAAACAAAGCUCAACUCUCCAUGGCGGACUCACAUCCGAGUCCACAAAAAGAAUAUGCCGAGGACCAAGAGUCAUCUGGGCUGUGGGGACACCAUAGGGUUGAUAGAAGAGCAGAACGAGGGCUGCAAGACUAACAGCGUUGGGGUAGCAGAGGUGUUUUCCUCCGGUUGUACAGCAACAACUCACAGAAAAGAUAGCCGCUCUGAAGGCAGCACCGUGAGGACAAUUGAAGGACAGUCUCCAGAGCCAGUGUUUGAGGAUGCUGACGUCGAUGUGGCUGCGGUUCAGGUGAAGUUAGAAGCCUUGGAACUGAGCCAACGGGAUGCCACUGCUGAAACUGAGCCCAGUGUACCCCUGCCCUGCCAACAGCAUGUCCCAGAGCCACCUGAAGCUCCCAGAGAAAACAGUGUCACCAGCAAACCUCCCCAAGGCAGCCACUCGAAAACUCCCAUCUUUAGCCCUUUCCCCAGCGUCAAGCCACUGCGGAAAUCAGCUACUGCCAGGAAUUUGGGGUUAUACGGUCCCACAGAAAGAACCCCAACUGUGCACUUCCCUCAGAUGAGCAGGAGCUUCAGCAAAUCCAGCCGUGGGAACAGUGGCACCAAGAAACGAUGAUGUCUCCCAGCAACUUUGUGUCUGGACUCACCUUGACAUGGUGGCAUAAGGGUUCCACCUGUAACCUUCCACUUUUAUUUGUCCAAUGAAGACUAGAGAGGUUCAGAGAUGAGCAACAGCAGCCCAGUACAACAGAAAUUGGCAGUUUUAUCAAAGGCGCUAGAGUAGGGCUGUGUUCCCGUGCACUCAAUAACUGAUAAAGUGGAUUCUUGUGACAAAAUAAAUCUUGUGGUUUUCAUGUGUGAAGUUUCACAGUUUUAAUCCAUUUAAAAAGGACUGCAUCUAGACUGUUAAGCCCUCUUCUGUCCUUCUGCUCUGAGGGCCUUUUCAGGAUCCCUGUGACAACACCCCAAACCUGCCAAUUCUCUGGGUGUUCCUAA